CUGACUGACAGCAAUUGAGUGGCUCUUCAGGUCGUGGUGGUACAAUCACGCCACAGUACAUCUUAGACUCUGUCUCUGACGGCCUAUUUUCAGGAUAGCCAGCAAGUCUAGAGUAAAACACGACGCCAGGCUUCUCUGCUGAAUUUGCAUCUUCAACUUGGCGUUCUGGCGCCUUUUGGUCCAUAAUGGAAGUGUAAAAGCCACUGUAAUUUGGUCUUCUGUAGUUGCUAGGCUUAUCCCGCACUUCGCUCUUGAAUCUCAUUUGUAUCCUAGAGCUCCUUGAUCUGUUUCUGAGUCCACCAAGGCAUGAUUUGCAUGCAGUUCUGAUGAGCAUUAUGUAGCAAAAUUAAGUAAAGCUGUUGUACAGCGCGUUUCAGACCGCUGAAGAAGCUUUCAAGUAUCCAGCAGAUACCAGGCACGAUAGUUUCGAGAAGUAUUCAGCGGAGAUGACCGUCUCAACCUAUUUGGCUGCGAUUGCGGUGGUUGCAAGCGUUGCUAAGUGCCCGUGUACGUAUCCUUGGCCACAUGAAGUUUUGUGCCAUCUGGAGCUCGCCAGCCACGUGAACCGGGCUCGGCUGACGCCCAAGAAUAUCCGACGGGACUUGUUGGCUAAUAGACUGCUCAACCUGCUUUCCUCUACAUGCUGGCCGGUAUGUUUGACCCAGUCAAGAAUCAAUAUAUUGAGAGGCCUACUCAAAAUGCCUCGGAAGCUCCAGAACCAGCUGAAACUACGUCAAAUGAUGACCUAUCUCAAGCUAAUUCCGUUGACGCUGAAACGCUCAAAGCUGCUCAAGAUAUGCUCUCAUUCUCAAGCGUCACCAGAGUCGAUGAUGUGAAGGCAGAAUCUAUUCAGAAGCCACUUGCAGAAUUCUCGAGUAGCAAGGAUAGUGAACGCAUACUAGAGAGCUCUGAACAAAAACUAGCAGUCAGUCCCAAAAAGGUGCGUCCGCCAAACGCAGCCAAGACGAGCAAGAGCAGCGAAGGUGCUACUGGCGAUGAACGCAAGCCUAUACGGGUCGGCGCCAUUGGCAAGAUGAAGAAGCGGGAGCCGAAUGCAGAAAGGCCUCUUGUUCGCAUGACGAAGCCUCCUGUCGAGGCAUCUCCAGAGCUAAAGGAUGAAGAUUCCCGACAGCGUCAAAGAUCACGCUCUCCCAUGCGUCGUACGAACGAUGAUAGAGAACGUGAAUAUAGGGAUAGAGAGCGGCGACGCUCCAGAUCACCGCGUCGGAGUGCUUCGCCAAAUCGCUCUCAAGAGCAGCGUCGUCAAAAGCGGCCAGCAG